CGUUUACCAUUGCAGUUUUAUUUUGUAUCAUUUAUUUUACUUAACUAGUUUGCUUUGCUAGUUACUAGUUAUUAGUUAUAAGAACUGACUUACCGUCUACAUAGUAGUGACUAGUUACUACAGUAUUUCUUGUCUUCUGAUUUUGGAUCAGAGUUUUAAAAGUUCACAUUUCACAAUGAUUUCUUCGGGAUUCAGUGGCGCUUUAAAAUUAACCGAUUUAGACGAUUUUAUUACUCCGUCCCUGGAAUGUAUAAAACCUGUGCAAUUUGAAAAAUCAUCACUAGGAACAGGAGCAAAAAUUAAAAUUGGAGACGAUGGUUCUUAUAUGCAAGAAUCCAAAAAUGGCAAAAGUGAAAAAUUGAAACAAGUUGAAAUUUCAUUGACCGAUUGUUUAGCAUGCAGUGGUUGUAUAACUUCAGCAGAAACUGUUCUCGUUCAACAACAAAGUACUGAUGAAAUGAUGCGUGUUUUUGAUGCACAAAAUGGACUUGAUAAUAAAAAAUUCAUAGUUGUUUCUAUUUCUAUUCAAUCAUGUGUAUCAAUUGCGACAAGUAAAAAUAUUUCAGUUGAAUGUGCUGCAUCAAAAUUAUGUGGGUAUUUCAAGAAAUUGGGUGCAGAUUUGGUAUUAGAUAUAAAACUUGCUGAAGACUUAGCAUUAUUAGAAUCUCAGAACGAAUUUAUAGAAAGAUAUAAAUCAGCUAAAGCUUCAAAAGUUCAGAAAAUAUUACCCAUGUUAGCAUCCUCAUGUCCAGGUUGGGUGUGUUAUGCAGAGAAAACUCAUGGGAAUUUUAUACUACCAUACAUAAGUCGUGUGAAAUCCCCACAGCAAAUAAUGGGUUCAUUUAUAAAAGAUUUUGUUUCAAACUUGAGAAAUAAACCUAGAACUGAUAUAUAUCAUUUGACUGUUAUGCCUUGUUUUGACAAAAAGUUGGAAGCAUCGAGGGAUCAAUUUUUUGAUGUAGACACUGAAACUAAAGAUGUUGAUUGUGUAAUUACUUCCAUUGAAGUGGAUGCAUUAUUGGUCAAACAAGACAUUAAUUUCAAUGAUAUAGUUCCUGAAAAUUUUGAUACAGGGAUGAAUAAUAUAACAGAAGAUAAUCAUAAUUUGUUUACAAGUAGUGGUUCUGGAUCUGGAGGAUAUGCUCAUCAUAUAUUUUGUAAUGCAGCAAAGGAAUUAUUUAAUAUUAAUAUUGACAAAGUAGAAUUUAAGCCCUUACGGAAUGUUGAUAUGAAAGAAGCUACAUUAGAAGUAAAUGGAGUUGUUGUACUACGUUUUGCUAUAGCCAACGGAUUUAGAAACAUACAAAACCUUGUGCAAAAAUUAAAAAGUAAAAGAUGUCCAUACGAUUAUGUUGAAGUGAUGGCAUGUCCUUCAGGUUGUUUGAAUGGAGGAGCUCAAGUGAAACAAAUAGAAUUCAAGCCAAAUAGAGAAUUUAUAAAUGCCUUAGAGAAUACUUAUAAUGAGUUACCUAAAAGCAAUCCAACACAAAAUAAUAGUGUAAAAUAUUUAUAUUCGAACUGGUUAAAUGAAAACAACAAAAAUGAUUAUUUAUUUACAACAUAUCGAGAAAUUAAAAAGAAUGAUCAACCUUUAAAUAUUAAAUGGUAGAUAAAUUACAAAAUGUUAUAAUUUAAUUUUUAAGUAUUAUUUUUAUUUUUUGUGUGUUGUUUAUUUAAAUAUUAAAUUAAUUGUACCUAUAAAAUAUUACACUUUAUAUCGGGUAGUAUUUACAUCAGUCUUCAACCAAGUAUUGAAAACAAAAAUGUAUACUUAAUAGUUUAUUUAAACGAUGUGUAUAUAUGCCCGACCGUGGUCGGUAAGAUAAUGUACGCACGACCAGCAUCAAUAAGUUACAUACACAAAUUAACAGAAUACAAUUAUAUGUAUAUGACUUUGGGAUAUUCUUAGAAUCUUAGAUUAUAUACUAGUAUAUCUAAGCAUAAUAUAGUUUAAUAUUAUAUAGGUAUUUGAUUUUGUGAUAUCAACUUAUUGUAACUUUAUAAUAAAAAAAAUUUAAAAAACUAUGAAGAAA